AUGGAGGAUAUCGAGCAAGUCCCGAUCGACCCGUGGUUUCUCCACGCCGCCGGACGCCACCUCGCGCGGCCCCCCCCUGAGAGCCCCAGCCUCACCCUCCAGGCUGCCUGCGAAGCGGUUUGCCAGUUUGGUUGUCUGGAAGCCGCUGCGGCGCCGACGGGGUUUUGGACGGGGCGGGAGAUGGAGGGGAAGGAAGCCGCCGCGUUCCUCCGCGCCGCCUUCGUCCGGAGGCGGGGAGGGGUUUACGCGGUGGAUGGGCCCUACGGGAAUCUCUUCGACAACAUCCGAAGCGUGCUUUGGCGGUUUAAGCACCAGCGCCGAUGUGUCCUCGUGGCGAUCAAGGCUUCCAUAAAUUGGUUCGACAUCUCUAAUGGUGUGAUCGCGAACGAGCGCGCUGCGCCGCGGGGUGGCUUCUACACGACAGUAAAGGUCAUUGGACAGAGUGUAUUGAAUAAUGAAGUACAUUUGAUUUUACAAGGCCACUUCGGCCCACGUGUUGGUCAUCGAGGGUUCUUUUAUAUCACCAAGAAUCUCUUCAACCGUUAUACUACUGGGAACGCUUAUAUCUUCUUAGAUCUAAACAGUUUUUUAAAUCCCAGAGGGGGGUCUAUUCAGUCGUUCUCUUCGGUGGAAUUUGCUAGAAAGGUCGUGUCUCCAUGUGUACGGGAGCUUUUUGACCAGCUAAGCACCGAAAUCACUCAACUGAAUAAAGGAUUUUCUAGCCUUGUAAAUUUUUCCCUUCAGCGUUGUGCUCCAAACUUGACUGACAUACAGCUGUGUUCCAUGUUGUCUGUAUUACAGCGUAUUCCGCCAAGUUUAUUUUUCAUGCGAGAAUCGGAGAAUCGGACGGGUGUAGUUUUCUCAGAUUCACAUCAUGGUAUCGCAAAAUUUGUAGCCACGUUUCUUUCUCAUAUCCACCCUGUUGUGUCGAUCUCCGAAUUAAUCUUCCUGCUCAGCGAGGUGAUUGGGGUGGAAGUAUGCCGUUGGUUGUGUUUUACUUUGAAGACUUUCAGUCAGCAGUCGAUUUCCUGUCCUAUCCACUGGGAUAUGAAGGAAAGGCAGCCGUCACCAUUACUGAGCGCGCCUCCCGAAGAUGAAUCUGUGGGGUCUUCACACGAAAACUGGGUUUCCAUCUCACGUUUCGCAUUCGACACACCUGGGCCCGAAGAACCGGGCUCCCACUCCCCGACGCUGAACAAUCUCACGUUGGAGUAUCACAGCCUGGAUAGGGCGGAUGCGGCCGCGACCGCACUCAAUCAGGUUCCAGACCCUAUACCGGACACAAAGCCGCACUUACACAUCGCCCCAGAAGAUCAAACCCGAAGGCUUGAGGAAGCGGCGAGUGAAGAGCUCUGCUUUGACCAUUUGGGAAAGCACUGGAAUGCGGUGCAUCUUUGCAAUGACGAUGGCACACUAUCCUCACUGAUCAUUUGCUUUUUGGGCAAUGCAGCUUGUCUGUAUGACCUUGCCGCAUCGAGAGUGGUCCAGCCACUGACAAAAAUCAAUCCCUAUUCGACAUUUCUGGUCGAGUUCCCCUUCACACGUGGCGUUGAUUGCGCCUUUAACCACCCGCUUCGGUCCAGUGAAGUAUUUCUGUUUUCGUCGGGGAUGUUUGCAAUUUGGGAUGCUGUUAAGCGGAAGUGUCUGCUGGGCCCGCGCAUCUACUCCAAAUGUCAACAGCUUGCCCAUUUACCUGAAAUCUUCAGAGGUGUAGAGGGCAACGGCAUAUUUGCUGCGUUGCCCUUUCCCGGCACCCCCUUGGUGGUCUUUUUCAGUCGAUCACAGGAGUACGUUGUUUAUGACUUGGAAAAGGAGGAAGUCCGUUUUUCGGGUGCUAUUUCGCGUACACGCAAAGAAGUACCCUCAACAGUCAAAGAAAAGGAGUGGAACUCCCUCGAUAUGGGGGACCAGCACGUUUCCCCUUUAGACAUACACAAUUCCUCCGACAAGUUAUCAGAAGUAGAUAACCAUGAGCCUCUCGCUAUUCCCUUUUUUAGUGAGGAAAUAAUGCAUCGCUUCAUCACCGGCGGAAUUCCCAUGGCCGUAUUGCAGGCUGAGAACGAUGUGGCCACGCACCGCACGGGCACUUCUGAUGCACACGCACACAAAGUGGGGACCUCUACCAUUCUAUUACUUCCCAUGGCCAGUGGAGAAGUGCUCAACAUGAAGGUGGACCCCUGUGCUGUUGAAAAGAUUCAAUGGCUUUCACUUUUAUCGGUAAUCCCUAUGCGAGAUUCGAAACUCGCUCGACUACCAGUUUCCUUUCGUCAAGUCGCCAUAGAGGUGCUUCCGCAAAUGUGUUCCGUAGUGGUCGAUCACGAGGUACGCACGAAUCCUCACUUCGCCUCUUUGGUGCUCUAUCAGCCUAGUAGUCCUGAAACGAACAUCAAUAUUGAACCCAACUCGCAUUGUUCGCUCCCUGCUGAUACCAAUUCACCAUUCGAUCAAACAACGCUCCUUUGCAAAAACACGGGCGUGGUCGUGACGGCCCAUCAAUGGGCAUCGACAUCGCACACCGAGGAGAUCACUUUUCCAAACUCUUUCCUGAGCUUUAGCUCAUCGAUCGCAUCAGAAGAAAUGGGCAUAAAUAUCACUGGUAAUAAAGAAGAGGUUUGCCACUACUAUUAUCCCAAUCAAAAUGCAGAGGUGGCAGUUGAUAAGGAUGGGACAUCGUCAAGUUUUAAAUCGUGGGUAUUGUUUGAUUUCGGAGUCGACCAGGCUGAGUCUUUUGGGGCUGUCAUCAUAGUCACGAACAUGUUCUUCGACUCGAUAUCGAACUUUCCAGACCUUCCCUUUGUGAUUGGAAGCGAUGUCCGGCUGUUUAUCGAGUCCAGUGAAGAUGGGACCUCCUUUCAGCGGGUUGCAUUAAAUUUCACCGUCCGUGGGUAUUUGGUCUUCGCUUCGUGGCAGGAGGUGAGCGCCGCGCAAUAUUGGCGAAUCGUGUUGGAAGCUCCUGUCAAUUCUCCCACCUUAGCUCCGCUGAGCGAUUUUGGGAUUGUUCGGGUGCUUUGGUAUCGUGCGGUAUGGCAACCCACGCUGUGCGAGCUCGGCGUUCUGGAGGCUUUUAUUCCCUUCCCUGAUGAGGAUUCACAGGAAGUGUGUAUUGUCGCCCCAUGCGUUGAGGGCAAGCCAGAAAGCUUCUUAAGCUGCAACGCCUCAAGUGCAGUAUUUAUGGCGCCAACCUCUUAUGGAUGGUGGGAACGGCGCUCCGUGUUGCCGCUUCCGCGUGAGGAUGACCCUGGGGUCGCGUCGUCGGCUCUUUUUUUUGCGGAAGCUCCUUUUCUGAGAUGGACCUAG